AUGGCCGCCCAAGUCAUGGCAAAUCCCAGCAGCACAACAUCUUCUAUGACAUCCACCUCUCACACCAUGACAGCCUUUCCCCCUCCUACUACAAAGAACGGACUUUCCGCCUCGAAAAAUAGUACCAUGGCCGACCUAAUAACAGCCCUCGCGCCAGCAAACAGACACAAUUUCAUCGCCCCUCCGCCUUCAUUACCAAACACGGGUCUAGAAUUUACCAAAGCGACACUCGAUGCGUUUGCGGGGAAGCUUGGGGAUGAACAGGCUGCUAGAUUGAAGGAAUUGCGGAGGAAGAGGAAGCGAGGGGAGACGGGUGAAGAGGUGGGGGAGGUUUUGAAGAUUAGAAAGGUGCAUACGCAGGGCUUUCAGGUGGAGCAGGUUUGGGAACAGGCCAAAAGGGUUAUUGAUGCGUUGAGAGGGGAUGCUGAGAGGGGAUUGAGGGAGUUGGGAGGGGAGCAGGAGGAGAGCGAUGAGGAGCAGGACGAUGGCGAGGUGGAGCUGUUGAAAUUCGAUGAGGAUGGUUUUGAAGUGGGUUCGGAUGAUGAGAGUAUGGACGAAGAGGAGGAUGUCGCUUUAGAGUUGGGAAACGAGAUUGAGGAAGACAUUGAAGUGGAAGACGUUUCCGAUGGUGAAGACGACGCCGAGAUGCCCGAUGGUUUGGACGAUGAGGAUGACUUCGAGGAAGACGAAGAAUCUGAAGAGGAACCUACUGGUAUAUUUAGGGAAGAUCCAGAUGGACUCAAUGAUGGAUUCUUUUCUAUCGACGAAUUCAACAAGCAAACCGAAUUUCUUGAACAGGCAGACGAACGUGCUGAUCCUUAUACUGGAGAAGCUAGUGACGAGGAGGAUAUUGAUUGGGAUGCAAACCCAAUGACCGCCACCGCAAAACCCGUUUCAAGUUCUCGACGAGCUGCUGCAAUGGACGUUGACGACGAUGCAGAGGAAUCCGAGGAAGACGACGGAGAUGGGCCUACGUUUGGAAAUAUGGACUUAAAUGCCCCUGAGGGCGACAGUGACGAUGGAGAAGAUGAUUCUGAAAUGGAAGGCGAGGUAGAUACCGCCGGAGACAAUACUAACGACGUCCUCUAUAAAGACUUUUUUGAGCCUCCCGCACGUAAAGCAGGAAAAGGAGAGCUGCAAGCGAAUUAUCUUGACAGACAAUCUCGAAAGUCUAAAGCUACCGAACCAGAAGACGAAGGUGGUAUUGAGAGAGCAAUGGCAGAUGUCAGACGAGAUUUAUUCGACGAUAUGUCAGACCAAGCAGAUUCCGAAGAUGCCCUGUCGGAAGUAGAUGCAGCGGAUCCAAAAUCAAGACGUUCAGCACACGAACGCCGACAAGCCAAGCUCGCAGAAGAAAUUCGACGCCUAGAAGCUGCGUCAGUUGCGAAGAGGGAAUGGACAUUAUCUGGAGAAGCUCGAGCAGUGGAUCGACCCAAAGAUUCUCUAUUAGAGGAAGAUCUUGAUUUCGAGCGCACAGGCAAGCCGGUACCUGUCAUUACUGCCGAAGUCUCCGAGAGCAUCGAGGAUCUUAUUAAGCGCCGAAUUCUAGCCCAGGAGUUCGACGAGGUUGUCCGACGUCGUCCAGAUUCCCUAAGCACGCCAGCCAAUACUCGCAGAGGUGCUUUCGAGCUCGACGAUACCAAAAACCCGCAGAGCUUGGCGGAGAUGUAUGAGGAAGAACAUGUCAAGAACAAUAAUCCCGAUACCUAUGUCAGUAAGGCAGAUGAGAAAACGCAGAAAGAAGAAAAGGAGAUCGAGGCAAUGUGGAAAGACGUCAGUGCCAAGCUCGACUCACUAAGCAGCUGGCAUUACAAGCCCAAACCUGCAGCGCCCAGCCUGACAGUUGUUUCCGAUGUAGCUACCAUCAGUAUGGAAGACGCCCAGCCCACCACAGCCAGCGGCAUGAAUGGAGGCGAGAGCAUGUUGGCCCCUCAAGAGAUCUACAAAGCUGGGCAAGAGAAAGAGAAGAUUGAAAAGGGAGAAGUGGUGCCGAAGAGUGGAGCACCUGUUGCUAGGCAGGAGAUGACGAGAGAAGAGAAGUUGAGGAGACGGAGGAGAGAAAAGGAGAGGAUCAAGAAGAGGGGUGGGGUGGAGAUUAAUCAACGGCCUGAGGGGAAGAAGUCUCAGAAGAAUCGGGAGACUCUUGGAGAUCUUAAAAAGGGUGGUGUCAAGGUCAUUAAUAAGAAGGGAGAGAUUCAGGAUGUGGAGGGGAACAAAGUCCAGGCUUCGACGGUUUAUAGUGGUGCUGGAAUCCCAUUUCCUGCAGCCGCCGCCCAUCAUGUCGCAAAUACAUUUCAUGCAUCAAAAGUCUACAUUAUUGUCUCUAAUUCCAUCAGUAAAACAGAUAAUUUCACCCAAUUGAAGAAAGCAUUAGGGGAGAAGAUCGUGGGGACUAGAUAUGGAAUCAAACCCCAUAGUCCAUUGGACGAUCUUGUAGAAACCACCAACGACAUCCAAAAAACAGGAGCAGAUCUAAUCAUCACCCUCGGAGCAGGCUCUCUUACUGAUGGAGUCAAAGUCAUCACCUUUGCCCUAGCAAACAACGUCUCAACCAUAGACGACAUCUCAAAACUCGCCGUCGAGGCAAAAACCCCGGAUCUAAAACCCCCCCAGAUCCCCGUAAUCAAUAUCCCAACCUCCCUCUCUGGAGGAGAAUACUCUCCCGGCGCAGGCGCCACAGACACGCGCACAAACCACAAGACCGGCUUCUACCACCCCUCCAUGGGCGCCGAUCUCAUCAUCCUAGACCCAGCACUCUCCGUGUCCACUCCAGAGCGCAUCUGGCUCUCGACGGGCAUCAGGGCCGUGGAUCACUGUGUUGAAGGCCUCUGCUCCACUGAUGCUAAUGCUGGGCCGGAAAGCGACAAGGGCUUUAUCGAGGGCUUGAAGUUACUUGUGCCCAACCUGCUGCUUACGAAGAAGAACUGGGAUGCGGAAAAGCCCAGGCUGAAGGAGAUGAUGGGGGUUAUUGAGGCGACGAAGGGCCUGAAUAUGCGUGUGCCGAUGGGGGGAAGUCACGGGAUUGGGCAUCAGCUUGGGCCGUUGGGCGUGGGGCAUGGGGAGACGAGUUGUAUUUUGUUGCCGGUGGUUUUGAAGUAUAACUACGAGCAUGGGGAUGAGAAGGUCAAGAGGUUGCAGCAGAAGGUGUUGGAUGUGCUGUGGGGUGAAAAGGCUGUCAAAGCGGUGCUGGAUAGCAAGGGUUUGAAGAAAGAGACGGCCGAUGCUGGGGAUGUGGUGGGGGCGGUAAUUAGUGAGUUGGGGAUGCCGAGGACUUUGAAGGAUGUGGGUGUUGAGCGGAGUCAGCUAGAUGCUUUGGCGGACAACUGCUUGAAGGAUCCUUGGGUGAAAACCAACCCUGUUCCACUCAUAGACAAGAAGCAAGUGCUUGAAGUCCUGAACAUGGUAGUUGGUGAUGGGCAAAGUAGCCUGUAA